UUGGUCAAAACUUCACUUCCGCGUCUUCCGUAAGCAUAUUUUGCCUUGCACACACAAGGCGACCUCAAGGGUCGAAUUGUAAAUACGUAAGGUGAACUGUAGCCAUUCUGAAAAAUGGUGAUGUCAGAAGUCCUGCAGGUACUACGCGGGGCAAAUAAAGUCGGAUAUGCUCUGAUCACCACACAGGGGGAACAGUUAAGAUUAAUUACCUGCAACUCCUCAUUGGGAGCAGGAGUUAAAGUUGCUCAGGAAGUGGUGGAAGGCCUUGUGAGCACCUUCAUGGGUGGGAGCAAUGCGCAACAGUCUGUCAAGGAGGAUGUCUUUCCGGAUAUGGAGGGCUGGGAAAAUGUGGAUACUGAUGAAGCUACCAAAUGGGCUAUGGGCUCAGAGUUCCCUCCUGAUGUUAAUGACAAAACCCAGACGGACGACAGUGCUCCAGGAGUCCAUCCUAGUCCAGGGUCAUCUUCAUCAGGUCCUGGCUGGCCAGGUCAGAACACACGCUUCCUCCACACGACGUUUGCGUCCAAUAGAUUUUACCACCUGACCAGAUGUGUCCAUGAUACGGUGGUGACCAGACUCACACCAGAAGAUAUCAAGAAGGCGAGGGAGGUCAAGCAGAGCUUGGUCAAACCUGCUCGACAGAGGCUGAAUGACCGUGCUCGAGAGAGGAAGGUGCCUGCAACAAGAAUCAGCAGGCUGGUUAAUUUUGGAGGACUGGCAAUCGGUCUGGGGAUUGGUGCCCUCGCAGAAGUAGCGAAGCAGUCACUGGGAGGCAAACAAAAAGACAUGAAUGCCUUGUUAGAUUCCCCCCUCCUGUCAGAAGCCAAUGCAGAGAGAAUUGUCAACACACUGUGCAAAGUACGCGGAGCUGCGCUUAAGAUAGGACAGAUGCUAAGCAUACAAGACAAUUCCUUCAUCAACCCCCAGCUUCAAAAGAUCUUUGAGAGGGUGCGGCAGAGUGCAGACUUCAUGCCCACGAGGCAAAUGAAUAAUGUUUUAGAGAAAGAGCUGGGUCCGGGUUGGAGAGAGAGGCUGUCAUCCUUUGAGGACAAACCCUUUGCCGCAGCUUCCAUUGGACAGGUGCAUCAUGGGGUUUUAAAAGAUGGCAGAGAAAUCGCAAUGAAGAUCCAGUACCCCGGAGUGGCAGAGAGUAUCCAUAGUGACAUAAACAACCUCAUGUCAGUGCUGAAAUUGAGUGUGGUUCUACCUGAAGGCCUCUUUGCAGACAGCAGCUUGGAGGUUCUUCAGCGAGAACUGGCAUGGGAGUGCGACUAUGACCGGGAGGCUGAGUGUGCCAAGAAAUUUAGAUCACUGCUGGAGGGAGACGCGUUUUUCCAGGUUCCUGAGAUUAUCGAUGAGCUGUCAACACGGAGAGUAUUAGCAAUGGAGCUGGUGCAGGGGGUUCCGCUGGACCGCUGCGUGGAUUUGGACCAAGAAACCAGGAACCAGAUCUGCUUCAACAUCCUCCAGUUGUGUCUCAGGGAGCUUUUUGAGUUCAGGUUCAUGCAGACAGACCCAAACUGGGCCAACUUCUUUUACAAUUCAGAAACAAACAAGGUAGUUCUGUUGGAUUUUGGAGCGUGCAGAAGUUACCCGGAAUCAUUUACAAAUGACUACAUAGAGGUAGUGCAUGCAGCUUCUGUCGGUGAUCGAGCCACUGUUCUCUCUAAAUCAAAAGACCUUAAGUUCCUGACAGGUUUCGAGACCAAGACCUUCAAUGAUGCUCAUGUGGAGGCUGUAAUGAUUCUUGGUGAAGCUUUUGCAUCGUCUGAGCCCUUUGACUUUGGCACCCAGAGCACCACCCAGCGUAUCCAGAACCUCGUCCCCGUCAUGUUGCGACACCGUCUCACUCCUCCACCAGAGGAGACCUACUCCCUCCACCGCAAGAUGGCCGGCUCCUUCCUCAUCUGCUCCAAACUGAAAGCAUGCAUACCGUGCAAGGACAUGUUUCUGGAUGUGUACAAUGCGUACAACCAGAGGAGGCAGACUGGUGAGGUAGCCCAGGCCAGCGCGUAGACAACUCCCAGGAGACUGACAGUCAAGAAGGCUUGGAUACUUCCUGUGAUGGAGGAUUGCAAUCUCUCUGACUAUGCUGUACUCUUAUGAGUACUGUACUGUAUUCAAUUUCUCCCCUAUUAUCAAUUUGUCUGCUGAUUGAGCUCUGAAAAGUGUGGUUUAAUAUUAAUGUCAAUCUGUGACUCCUCAAGUUUCCACAGAGCUCUCAUGACUGUAGCGACCAGCAGGCGGCAACCGAAAAGACUUAAAAAGCCAUUUUGGACCAUCUCCCAAACAACAAAAAAAAAAACACAGGGAGCAAUAAAACCCUUGGACAGCUGAUGAGUGAGGAUAACACUGCUCAUGUGGUGGCGGUGGUGGUUGUUGUUGUUGUUGUUUUUACCCAGAUGUAUGCAAAAUUAUACUGUGUUGUAUUAAGAAAAUUACUGAACUGCUACAGGCAACCUGACAUUUUUGUUAUGAUGUAACAAGAACAUGAUCUGGUCAGGCUCUGCUUCUGAAAAAAGAUGCUUGGUUGAAGCCUACUUUAAAAAAAAAAAAUUAUAAUCAAUGUCUGUUUGAGUCUGACUCGUAUUAAUAACAUUUAUGUCGAAUUAAAAUUA